AUGUUGAUGAGAGUAUUGUAUUGUGUGUUUUCAGACUUGGUUGCUAUUGCUGAGCGGAUGGCUACUGUGAAACACAAGAUACUGGUUUUGUCUGGAAAGGGAGGUGUUGGAAAGAGCACAUUUUCAGCCCAGCUCUCAUUUGCCCUAGCUGAAAUGGACCAUCAGGUUGGCCUUCUUGACAUAGAUAUAUGUGGCCCUAGCAUCCCGAAAAUGUUAGGCCUUGAAGGCCAGGAUAUUCAUCAGAGCAACCUUGGGUGGUCACCAAUCUAUGUUGAGUCCAACCUUGGUGUCAUGUCGAUUGGGUUUAUGCUGCCUAACCCAGAUGAUGCUGUCAUAUGGAGGGGUCCUCGCAAGAACGGAUUGAUCAAACAGUUUCUCAAGGAUGUUGACUGGGGUGAGAUUGACUACCUUGUAGUGGAUGCACCCCCUGGAACAUCAGAUGAGCACAUCUCAAUCGUCCAGUACCUACAAGCCACCGAAGUUGAUGGCGCGAUAAUCGUGACGACCCCUCAGCAAGUCUCUCUUAUUGACGUGAGGAAGGAAAUCAAUUUCUGCAAGAAGGUGGGUGUGCCGGUGCUGGGCGUUGUGGAGAACAUGAGUGGCCUGAGGCAGGCAUUCACAGACCUCAAGUUCGUAAAGCCAGGUCCUGCAGGGGAGACAGACGCCACGGAGUGGGCGAUGAACUACAUCAAGGAGAAGGCUCCGGAGCUUUUGUCGGUCGUGGCCUGCAGCGAGGUGUUUGACAGCAGCAAGGGUGGCGCAGAGAAGAUGUGCCAUGAGAUGGGGGUCCCUUUCCUCGGCAAGGUGCCGAUGGACCCGCAGCUGUGCAAGGCAGCCGAGGAAGGGAGGUCGUGCUUCGCCGACCAGAGGUGCAGCGCCAGUGCGCCGGCUCUGAAAAGCAUCAUCGACAAGCUGAUCAAAACCAAAAAUAUUGAGCGUUGA